UAUUAGGGAGCUUAUCAAACGGCGAUCAACAACAGCGAGAUCGCUAACCUCUCGCCGGAAGACGCCGUGGAACGUGACUGCCUCGUCUUCCGAUCUUACAUCGCCCUCCGUAGGCCGUAGCUAUCAGGAAUCAACAAUUUCAAGCUUGAAGGAAUGGUUGGCAGAUUAAACAAUAGGAAACAAUGCUACAUUGCGAUUGAUUACUGGUAUUAUUUUCAUGCAUGAAGAAGAUUAUAAUGAAGCUUUGAAGCAUACUCAUGCUGGAGGAACUAUGGAUCUGCAUGCCUUGAAUGUUCAGAUAUUCAUUAAGAUGUACAGAGCUGAUUAUGCUGAGAAGCAGCUUAGAGUGAUGCAACAGAUUGAUGAAGACCACACUCUCACUCAACUUGCUAGCGCGUGGUUGAACCUGGCAGCGGGGGGUUCAAAGAUACCGGAAGCUUAUCUCAUUUUUCAGGAUUUCUCUGACAAGUACCCGAUGACAUGCUUGAUCUUGAAUGGCAAAGCUGUUUGCUGUAUGCAAAUGGGUAACUUUGAUGAAGCUGAAACGCUUCUGCUUGAAGCACUCAACCAGGGAUUCCGGUGGAUUGGCAUUUGCCUCAAACCAAGCAUGGCAUAACAAUAGAGUUGCGUCUCUAUAUUUGAAUUCUUUGUCUCACAUCUAAUUAUAAAUUGUCCCUGUAUUU